AUGACCAGCACUGACACCUUCAAAACCGCAGAAGUAUCUGAAUCGUGUUGUUUCUGUCUAGGAACCGAUACGGAUAUCCCUUCGUUUGGUACAAUUCAAGAUGCGCAAGAUAUGUUGAAGCCGUGCUCCACCUGCUCCUUAGUUUGCCAUAGAAAAUGCUUGCUAGAUUGGUUCAACACCAUUUCGCCUGAUAAAUUACGCGUUAUACAUGCCAAUGCAGCAAGUGCAAACAUGUCGUUAAUAAGAAGGAUGAAUCAAGAACACGCAGGUGAUAUGGGUAUUGGACAGGGAGCAAUUGCAAAUAGAACAAUCAGAAUUGAUUUGACGGCACUGGCGCUUGAAAGCUGGUUCAACAACAUAACCACAAACUUUGCCGCUAAUGAUGAAAGUACUGAUGGGGAUGAAAAUGGUGGAUUAGUCGAAGAUAACGAUGAACAAGAUUUACUUCAUGAACAUGUGAUUGAACGCACCAGCAGCCAUGGCGAAGACUCGUUCACCAACAGCAGUAGAGACAUUGUGUACAUACUAGCCCCAUGCCCACAAUGUAAGAAAUGGAUUAUGUUCUCCAUGAAGAGAUCGCUAUUACUUACAAUCCACUCAACCCUAAAAUCGGCCGUCACAAGGGUGAUCAAAUACGGUACUAUCUUCCUUGGAGUUACGUCCGCGCUUACUGGCGUGGUAUCAAUGGGGUACAUUGGAUUAACAAGCGUGGGACUAAAAAUGAUGGAUAAUAUUAUCCCAGCGCCGUUGUUGGUGAGAAUGUUGACACGAAAAUCGUUGCUCAAGUCACAAAGCACGUAUUCGUCUUUGUCAAAAAUACUAUUUGGUAAUUCAUCUGCAUAUGCAGUUGACAAUUUGGAGCAAGCAUUGGUUCAAGGGCUAAUUGAUCCAUUAAAGUUCUCGCGCAUACCAGUUUUGCCGCUAGUCAUGUACAGGGCAAGAUCGUCGUCUAUUUUUAGGUUGAUUUUUGGUCGUCGUGAUGAAGAGUACCCCAGUGCAUUAAUCACCGAGUUUAUGAUUAGUGCCUACAUCUCAUCAAUUGGUGAUCACUCAUUAGUGCGUGCCAUAUACAGAAAUGUCAAAUCCGACAUUAUUAACGGACUCCAACAUGGAUUCAAUUUCAAGACGAAUCCAUUGAGAAACAUUGAUUUUCUCUCUACAAACAAUAUCAUAUCAAUUUUGGUACCUUUGCGUUGGAUUUAUGAUCUACUUUAUCGCCUUUCUUUCAACCGUGCCUAUUUCAACCUCACUAUGCAAUCACGACCACGAGCAAUCGCAAAUAGUCUAAGUGAAGCUGAAAUCGAUGAAUUGGAAGCUUUGAAUAGUCAAUUGAAUGAUUUCACCACCAAGCAUCGAAAAGUGUAUCAACAAAUUGAUAAACAAAUUGAUGCAAAAUCAUCAUUAAACAUCCCCGUCAUUUCAUCGUGGCUCAAAUUUGCUUACAAACAAAUAAUCUACUUGCAUGCGUUGCGCAAAUCGUGGCUUCAACACUUCAGGUUGAAGUUGAUUUCGAAUGUGAAAUUCACAUGGGCCUGUCUUCGGUACGAUUACUCUACACCAUUGGCCAGUAAUGGGGCCAUUAUCAAAUCAUUAACCACGAUUUUCUGGCCAUACGUUGCCUCCAAGGUAGCUUUACUCGUUGUUCCCUUGCUUAACAAAAACUUUACUGCCUAUGACAAGCUACACAUUGAUAAAAAGUUGCUUGUUGCCAACAUUGUCGGGUUAGUCAUUGUUGCUAUUGGUAAGGAACUUCCGCUGCUUUAUAUGACAAGCAAAAAAGUUCAACAAAUGUCACACAUUGAACUGAUUAGGUCACAAGAUCGAGCAUUUUUUAAAAGUUUGGCAGCGAGUAUCUUGCAAGAAGGUCAGAACGACAGUGAUGAUAGUGUGGCGAUAGUGGAAGAAAGUGACGGCUUGAUUGAUAACCUCACUACCUUACCAGGUAACUUCCCCCAGUAA